CGGUUUUUUAAAACUCACUGACAGCGGCUGCUAAUGCACACUGUCCUCGAGCGUCGCAUCUGUUUACAUCUGUGUCAUUUGUUGUUGUUGUUGUUUUUUUGACUUUACAACGGAAUUUUAGUUUUCAUCGAGAACACGAACUCUUCACUUCCACAUCCAGAGCGGAGGAGCGCAGUGACGUCUAAACUUACGCCGAGUUUGAGUUCACAUUUCUGGACACGCUUCAUGCUGGAGCCUGAAGCUGACUUCCUGUAAGGCCGCUUCACAGAGACUUCCUUGUGGCAAAGCAGGAGAGUCCACCUUCCUCACACUGGAAGCUGGAGGAUGAAAACAAGAAUGCCUCUAAGAUCUUCCAUUCCUGUGAUACUUCUUGCAGUAUGUUGCCUCGCAGCUGCAGGACCUUUGUCUCGCAGCCCGUGUGAGCUGCUGCCAGUGGGGAUGACACACCCGGUGCAGGCCUCGCUGAAGAGCUUCACCGCCCUGUCAGGCUGCGCAAGCAGAGGCACCACCAGCCUCCCGCAGGAGGUCCACAUCAUCAACCUGAAGGGACACGCUCCGGAGGGACCAGACAGGAGCCCGGCAGAAGUGGAGCUUCAUCUGAAGCCCAUCCAGUCUCUGCUGCGCCACCAGAAGCCCCUGGUCUUUGUGCUUAACUCCCCCCAACCGCUCAUCUGGAAGAUCAAGACAGAGAACCUUGCCCCUGGCAUCAAACAUACCUUUCAUGUCCCAGAGGGCUCAGAGGUUCACUUUCAGCCAGGAAACUUCUCUCUCUCCUGCCAGAUCCAGAAGGAGACUCUUCCCCAGGGCAACGAGCACCUCCUCAGCUGGGCCCAGAAGAAGUACCGGGCAGUCACCUCCUUCUCUGAGCUCAGGAUGACUCAAGACAUCUACAUCAAAGUCGGCGAAGAUCCAGUAUUUUCUGACACCUGCAAGAUUGACACCAGUUUCCUGUCUCUGAACUAUCUGGGCGGCUACGUGGAGCCACAGCCAUCGAAGGGUUGUGUCCUGACUGGUCUCGACAAAGACCAAGAGAUCCACAUCAUUGAUCUCCAGGCCCCCAACUCCAGCAGUGCCUUCCAGGUGGACGUCAUUGUGGAUCUACGGCCUCUGGAGGAGGACGCCCCCCUGCAUCGCGACGUCGUCUUGCUGCUCAAGUGCACCAAGGCAGUCAACUGGGUCAUCAAAGCCCACCGUUUGAUUGGCAAGCUGGAUAUAGUGGCUUCUGACACUGUGAGUGUGAACUCCAACACAGAGAGAAUGAUGCAGGUGUCAAAAAGCCCCAAGCAGCACUUACCAUCAGGGCCACAAGCCUUGAUCAAGUGGGCAGAGGAGCACGGUUACAGUCCAGUCACGUCUUACACCAGCACUCCGGUAGCCAAUAGCUUCAACAUCCGGCUCAGAGAGCCAGAUGUAGUGGAUCCUCUGGAGGGUAUGUUCCCCCCGGAGUUCUCCAUUUUGCGGGACUCCAGACCUCAUCCAGGGGCGGGCCCAGGGGCGGGCACUGCUUCACGACGCACAGGCCUCCCCUUCCUCCUCCCGCCGCCUGCUUCUGAAGGCCUGCCCUUCCUGCAGCUGCCCCGGCCCUCCCCUGACGAACGGCCCUGGGAGAAUGAGGAGCCCAAGGACUUUGGCCUCAGUGUGAAGUGUGAGGACACGAGGAUGGUGGUCAGUGUGGACAAAGGGAGACUUCUUGCGAAUGGAUUUAUUCAUGCAAACCUCACGCUCCAAGACCCAGAAUGCAAAGCAACAGUCAAUGCCACCCACUACACACUAGAAACUACUCUGACUGGCUGUCAGACCACUGUAUAUCCCAUGCAGGGAGGCCCAAUGGCCCUUUACAUCAACUCUGUUCUGAUAAAUCUUGCUGAGACGAAGGAUGGGAGUGGUGGCCCUCUGGAUUAUUUGGAUCCGGAAUCUGGAGACAUUCAGUUCCCCAGGGAUCCAGUGGAGAGGACACUUACUGAGCCCACAGAGCACCAGUCUGUCAUCGAGUUCAAUUGCGCAUACAAAAAGAACCAGGAAACCACAGAAACCCUUCCCAAGUUUGUACCGGGACCAUCCAGGCCGCAAGUCAACAACAUGACGUUUAGUAUGGAGUUGUACAACACGCUCCCGUCCAACAUCCCCUCACGUCAGACCUUUUACACCGUCUCACACAACCAGCAAGUCUUUGUGGAGGUCACAUCAGCCACUUCUAAUCCUAAUCUGGGGUUCACCAUCCUAUCCUGCUUUAUUUCUCCUACCUCCAAGCCCAGCGUGGCCUCAGAUUAUAGUCUGAUCGAGACCGUGUGCGCCACAGAUGAUUCCGUCACCAUCUACCAGCCGACGGAUUUCCCCGGCCCUCACACGCAGACGGAAAAGAAAAGCUUCAGCUUCACCUUCAACUCAAAACUGAACAUGUCGCUGCUUUUCCUGCACUGUGAGAUGACGCUGUGCUCCAAUGCCAAUCACAGCGACCAGAGACUGCCGCCGUGUUUACAACCCAGAGAGACGUGUGAUUCCCUGAGUGGGGAAAACAUCCUCCAGAUGGUGAUGAACAGCAGGACAUGCACCAAGGCGCUGGUCGUGGUUGACAACAAUGGUCCAACAGAACUAACAGUUACCCCCACAAACACAGAGCCCCAAACACCACAGGAUCCUCCAGACACACUGUACGUGCUGGACACUCCAACAGUGGUGGGAAUCGCUUUUGCUGCCUUUGUCAUCGGCGCUCUGUUGACCGGAGCCCUAUGGUUUAUCUACUCUCACACAGGUGAGAAAGGUGGUAAACAGCAGGUCCAGAAGUCUCAACCUGUCUCUGAGAACAGCAGCGCGGCUCACAGUAUUGGCAGCACGCAAAGCACACCGUGUUCCAGCAGCAGCACAGCGUAACCCAGGACACGCCGCCACACUGGGAGGGCCUGGUGGUUCACAUGGACCGGUUUGUUCAUUUCCUUCCAUGAAAGGAUUGAUUUUGGAGACAAAAUAAAUAAAUAUAUAUAUAAAUAUAUAUAUAUAUAAUAUAAAUUUAAUAAGAAAUUAUAAAAAGAAGAAAAACUCACAACAAUAGCCAUAGUUUUUGUGUGAGCAGGUGCUAUUAGUGUCCAGCAGUCCUGAGACUCGGCAGCCUCACGUCAUAUUUCAUAUCUAGUAGAAAAUGAUCAAAUGUGAGUUAAAACCAGGCAUUUCGUUCUAAUCCAAUGCUGUGUUUUUCUGACCACAUCGUAAACUGUAGCUCUUACCUCACAUGGUUUCAUUGAGGCUGUGCGUUAGCAAGGAACAGCAGUGAUGUCAGUGUUAGUGAGCCCAUCCUGGGUCUUAUGCUAAAGCCAACUGUGCUCACUGUGAUGUGAGACAAACAAAAGUGACGUAGAAGACACCAGGACUUACUUUCUACAUCUUCACCUGGACUCGUGCCCUCCAGUCUCCCAUCCGUGAAAUCAUGCCGACUGACAUCGCAAAAUCACACAAAUUCCUGGAGUUUAAAUAUUUGAACUCGAGUGAAAAUGUCAUUUCUUUGCAGGAUUUGCAUCACAGGAUUUCCCCGAUUUGUGUCACCCUGUGCAACUAAAGCGAGAUUUACAUCCACUUUUCUCUUUGCAUAAACUUUGUAUAUACAUAUAUAUAUAUAUAUGUAUACAAAAUGAGCAAAGCAACCACUAUUUAGCAUGGGGAUGAGAGUGCAGUAUGAAAAGAUGCCACAUUGUGUAGGUGUUUGAAUGUAUACAGAAGAGUAAAUGCCACAAAAAUGUGAAAGAAAAAUGUGAAAGUGAUGCUGAUGUGAUGUCACAUUUCAUAGUAACACAUAUACACCAGGGCUUUCUGCUCAUGUCACUAAAUGAGCAAGCGACGCUCAAGUUUAUCGGUGUUACACAACUCCACAGGGGCAUUGUGGGUUCCCUUUUAUUACAUGCUUUUUAAUUAAUGGAGAAGUUUGGGAAAUUAGAAUAGAAUAUUUAGAAUAUUUUUAAUCCAAGAUUGUUACCUCUCUCACAUCUGUGUGUUAAGUACAGUGCGCAAUAUUAGCAUUAGCAUUAACAGAAGAAAACUUUGCCUACAGAUGUUCAUCUUAAAUAUGAAAUGAGUUAACGUGAAUGCACUUGGAGCAUUAAUUCAUAUUGACAUCAUAGAACACGCUCAUAUGUCACUGACAGCAGCUUUAAUAAGAAAUGAAGGUGAUUAUAAAUGCAUUUUAGUUUCCUCAAACAGGUUUUUUAUGGGGAACAUUCAUUUGCAUGUGUUAUUUCCUGUGUUUAAUUUCCACAUGAGCAGAGAAGUAAAAAAACAAUAGUUUGGUGAUUUUUCUUUUCAUGUUUUGAAAAAACCCAGUGAGGCUAAUGGACACCAGUCUCAGCGCUGCACUUGACACAGAUGUGAGAGUGGUUUUGAUCUGGAAAAGCAAAUAAUAUACCACAACUGUUGUGUUUGAGAUGUGUACAUAGUAUCUGUGUAAAUACUGUAAAUAAUCUCUUUGUGUCAUGAAACAAAACCAGGGCAAACAUGAGGGUUUUGUGCGUUUGGACUGGAUCGUGCGAAGUCCAAGUUUUUCACCGUGUUUCAAAAUCCACGCUCCGUGGUGUUGAAUGACAAAAAAAACACAGUGAUGUCAUUUUAGAGAACACAUUUUAAAUCAUGGUUCUUGCUUUUUUCCCCGUUCCUCUUGUCUGUCCCUUUACAGCUGGGCUGCCACUAAAUGCUAUUUUUUGUUAGUGUUAGCGUUUUGUCGUGUUGAUCAUUUAAUAGUUCAUUGUAAAAGCUGAAAUCCUUGUGUUUGAUAAUUUGCCCAUUAUCCUUUGCUAUCUAACUGAAAUAAUCCACUGAGUAUUCAGCUAACUGUAGUCUUAUCAGACAGAGCAGUGUUUGUUGUUUGUAGCUGCGUAUGCGUGUGAAUCUUGGCACUGACAGCGUUGAAUAAGCUUCAGCUGAGACAUUUUCUCUGAUCUGCAUGAAUGUUCUUGCUGAAGUGCCUUCCUUUAAUGACCUGUGUGUGUGUGUGUGUGUGUGUGUGUGUGUGUGUGUGUGAGAGAGAGAUUUAACAAGAAAAAGUGAAUGUAUGUUUGUGAUCUAAAAGCUUUUUCUUCUUUUUCUUUUCAUAUGUAAACAUGUACAAAGCUUUCUACAGAGGGAACAGAGUAUAUAUAUAUAUGUAUAUACAUAUAUAUACUAUAUACUAUAUAUGUGUGUGUAUAAAAUUAUAUUUUGAAAUAUAUAUACCUAGAGAAUUUUAUUGUCACUUAAAUGUGUGUGUGUCAGUACUGUGAAUGUGGAUGUGCUCAUAGUGAUGAGUUAUUGUUAGAUUAUUCAUAAAGGCUUAGUGGCAUAUAUAAUAUAUAAUGGCACUUUUAUAGGUAAUCCAAUACGUUUUUGUUAUACUGGCUAAUAAAGGUCAAACUUUUAAAAAGGAAAACUUAAUCAAAAUCUACCAUGGAGACUUUUAUGUCAUAAAAAUAUGCUUAUUUCUUCUGUACGUUGAAAAAAUACUUAGCUUAAAUUUGCCACUUUGCAAUAACGCCUCUUACAUGAAGUGAAAUGUUUUAUAUAAAUCAUGGUUUUACUCACAUGUUUUCACAUGAAGUAAAUGAAUACAUUUGUUCGUAUUAGCCAUUAAAGGUAUAUUACAUUUACAACUUACAAGUGUUAAUAAUGUAGGUUAAUCCAACCAUUUUCUUUUUUACAGUGUUAAAUAUCACAUUUCUAUCUUUUACCUGCAGCAAUGAAAUGUUUUUUUUUUGUUUUUUUUACAAAUCCCCAGAUUCCCAAACCAUAAUAAUGCCAUCAUUCAAAUUGCAAUAAUAAAACAACACAAAUGAUAUCAGUGCUUAAAUCAAAACCAAAUGUGAAAUCAUAAAGAGGAUGAAGCAAUGAAAGUCUUCAGACGGACUGGGGGAAAAUCCAACAUUGUCUAAUUUUGUUUCUGGCAAGGCGGCUGUUUUUGACAAACACUUGAGAAAUCAUUUUUAUUAACAUUUAUUAAAACCACUUGGAUUUUUUGAGCAACAUUAGAGCUUGUUUGUUUUAUCGGGCCGUCAGCCAGAAGUGGACUUGGUUGUAGAGUAAACACAUACACAGCAGUGAUGAGGCAGCAUUAUUGGGAAUAACAAAGCUCUUUAUACUCAUAACAAAAUACAUACUCGUAUUUUUUUUCAUAUUGACUUUGGCAAAUCUGUCUCCCCUUAACACAAAUGAUCCCCUGCUUUCACGCCGGGCCUCCACUUAUCUUCUGGAUAUCAUUUUCUCAUUUUAGAUGAUAUAUAUAUUGAUUAUUAUUAUUAUCUCAUAGCUGCGAGUAAAAGAUAUGAAGCGAUGAUGAUGCUGUGUCACCAUACAAUGCUUUUUUAUCAGAGCACACAUCCAUCCAACUGGUCAUUGAUUGUAUUUUUUUUUUUUUUAACCAUGUGACUACCUCAUGUUUUUCUAUGAAUGUGUAAUUUGUGUGUUUGUACAUGUGUGUAACUGUUUUCAGUGCCGUUGUGAACUUUAAAGAGAUAGAUUGGGUUUUUUUUUUGGAGUCAAUGUGUUACGUACAACAGACUGAGAUGGGAAAUUGGAACUGGAUUUUAUGUGUUGUGUUGUGUUCACCUUUCAUGAACUAAAAAAAACUAAGAAAUAAUUAAAAAAAGUAACAUUUUAUAUUAUAGUACAGUAAAAUAAUGGUAAUAUAAUCUUUUUUUCUAUAGUAAUCACCAAGUGACACCCUGAUAAUACAGUUUUGGAAAGUGUAUGGGACAUAAAGGAGGAUGGAUUUUAACUUUAUAAUGUGAUCAUUACCAAUUUUGAUUCAAAAACAUCUUUAAUUCGAUUUAAGAAGGUGUUACACUGAUGGAAGCCUACAAUUAUGCUUUAUCACCAAGCUAUUACCUGGUAUUACUGUAAUAUUAUCUCUAUAACACUAUUAAAUUGUUAUUUCAAAGCUGGACAUUGCUUUAGAAAAGAUAAAACUGUAAUGUUAAGUGUUACCUGAAAUAAUUUUACAAGUUAAUUAAUUUAGUAGGUGUUUGUUCACCAAGCGUCUAGUUUGUUUAGUUUUUCAGUAUUAUAAGGCCAAAACAUCUUAUCUCCACUGUCCAUGUUUGAAGGGUCCUUUUUGAAACAGACAGCACAUGAAAUGCUGUCGUGCUGUACGUACACAACACACUUCUACACCACCACUGAAGAAAAAACCCAGAACUUUCCCUUUAAAGAUUAUACUGCAAUGUUGUGAUUCUUAGGUCUCGAUGUUGUGUGAUUUCAGUCCACAUUGAGUUUCUCUCUCUCUGAGCAAUAACAUGGAAGCGUGUGAUCCAUGAAAUGUGUAAAACUUUGAUUUUUUUUAUACACUGUAAAUAUGCAUGAUAUUUCUAUACCCAACUAUGUCAAAUAAAUUUCCAUACCUUUCCUUGA